UUAAAGGAGAAAUCAACGUGUUUAGCUCGAUUAUCCUCCAACAAACCUCCGCUACUCAGAAGAAUUUUGACUCUGUGAUAAACGACGGCCUGCAAAGUAAUUCUUCUCCGGCGGCUCGUUUCUCUAGCGAUUGCGAUUGCCUUGAAAGCCCAUGCCGACUUUGUUCCGCAUCACCGAACCCAAGGCCCACUCACGGCGCGACAGGAGAAAGCAUCAGGACGUGUGCUUAAUACAAUAACUAGCAGUUACUGGCGCCCAAGAAAGCGGAACAAAAGCGGAGAUAAAACCCGGUAGGGUGCGGAAAAAGCGAAAAAAGAAAAACAAGCAAAAGACAACGAACAAGGACGAGCACAGAACUAGGAGAGCAGCGCAGGCGAACGGCGACAACGAUGCUCCUUCGACCGUCCGUAUUCCCUCACCGAUUGUCCAUAUAGCAUCUCAGCUACGGGCUAUAUUGGAUUGUGCACAUCCAUUCGACUCUCAUAUACUACAUGCAGCGCGAUCAAAGGAGCGAGAGCCUAUACCUACCAGCCAGGAACACCCGAGCCGCAUCUGCCAAGUCCAACCGCCCACCGAUGCUACAUAACUAAUACCAUCAAACCAUAUAAAACGAGAAGUAAAAGAUAAACGAGCAAUAAUGGCCUCUCGCUCCCAUCGCGACCACUUCGUGGAACCACCCUCUCUUGUUUGGCGUAUAUACAACUCCCUCCCACCCGUUGUAACAACGACCAUUGCAAGUAUACAAACUCAAGCAACUCGUUUAGGUGCCUCAUGUACCCGGGAGACCAGGAGGAGGACACGAUGCGGAUAUGUGCUGAGACUGCUAUGGCUGGCGUGCUCGUUGCAGAAUGUCCUGAUUCUUCUUUGGGGAGUGACGCUUUGGUGGGGGGAAUGGACUGUGUUCAGGGAUAGCGUGCGAGGGUGUGAGUGGACAGGGUGGGAACAAUGGCCGGAACAAGCCGUGCCGCAUCAUGUUGUGUUUAUUGCGGACCCUCAGUUGGUCGACCCACAUACAUAUCCCGGCCGGUCGUGGCCGCUCUCGUCACUGACAGUAUUUUACGCUGAUCUAUAUCUCUACCGAACUUAUUCGUUGCUUCAGCGAGAUCUGAGACCGGAUACCACCUUCUUCUUAGGGGAUUUGUUUGAUGGGGGGAGGGAAUGGGGAACGGAGAGGAGCUCGAGUCCAGAGGAAAGAUUUAAAAAAUAUGGGCACAGUGUCUGGAUGGAAGAGUAUCGACGGUUCGUUCGACUGUUUUUCGAUACAUGGAAAUUGGGAGGGGUCGAUUCCGCUGCCAGCGAACGGGGCCGGAAGAUCAUCGCCAGUCUGCCGGGCAAUCAUGAUCUAGGAUUUGGGCAUGGGAUACAACAGCCCGUGCUCGAGCGGUUCCAGACUUAUUUUGGCGUUGGGAAUCGCGUAGACGUCUUGGGCAAUCACUCGUUUGUCUCCGUCGACACCGUUUCGUUGAGCGCAAUGGAUCAGCCGGAUCCUGAAACUGGCGGUUCCGGGGGUGACGAGAUAUGGAGAGCGGCCGAUGACUUUCUAAAUGAUCUUUCAAAUGUAAAGGCGCGCGCAGUUAAGCAAGAAUUGCUUGCUCUCCAGGGCUAUGCGGAGAAUUAUUUUACCCCCUCCAGGGUUGUCGAUGCCGCUAACCCCUCCCCACCGGUGAUAUCCUCUGCACCACCUGAGGAUAUAGAUCUACCUACAAUUAUCCUUACACAUGUGCCUUUCUACCGUGAACCAGGGACACCCUGUGGACCCCUGCGAGAACGUUUUCCGCCAUCCUCUACAGACCCAUUACCGGAGAAGGACGAAAGAAAUGCUAUCAGGGUCUCUCGUGGUUACCAAUACCAAAAUGUCCUCUCGGACGCAAUAGGCAGGAAAAUAAUAAGAAGCGCAGGAGCGAACGUAAAGCAGAUAUACUCCGGCGAUGACCAUGACUAUUGUGAAAUCAUCCAUCGCGAAUUCAGCAGCUCGCCCAAGGAGAUCACCGUGAAAACCUUAUCAUUGGCAAUGGGGGUGCGCCGGCCGGGCUUCCAAAUGGCCAGUCUCUACAACUCUAUCGACCUCCAGACGGGAAACGCCAUAAACACAGAAUCCUCAUCUUCUUCCUCCACGAUCCAAAACCACCUGUGCCUCCUCCCCGACCAAAUCUCCAUCUUCAUCCAAUACGGCUACGUCCUCUUCCUUACCAUCCUCGUCCUCCUUGUCCGCGCCGUUGCCCGCACAUUCCGCACAGCCCAAGACCCAACAUCACCAGCAUCAUCGCAUGACUCCACAACCCUCCUCCCCCUCACCCACAGCCGCCAGCCUUCCAAACACCUAGACAAGUCCGCUCUCUCCACAACCUCCAGCACCUCAACCUCCUCCCCCACCUAUCACAGUGAAAACCGAUUCUCAAAUCGGACAACCGGCACUGGCCAUGAUGAAGUUAGCGAGAGCCUACGACGGUCCGACUUGGCGCUGGACGAGAAGUUGAAGGAUGGCAGCUGGGCCCCGAAAAGGGGUGCUGCCAGCAGUAGUAGCUAUGAUCGCGUCGGUGGCGGUAGAAGCAGCUUCAGACAUGUGCUACGUACGGAGUUUGUCAAGCCGCUUAUGCGCAUUGCGAUUGUAGCGGGGAUAUUUUACCUGUGGUUGGUAUGGACGUGGUUGUGAUGAUUUAUUUGUAUUUCGAAUUUGAAUGCAUGCAUGUGCCUAAACCGGCUGCGGUUGGGUAGGGUUGGUGCGAGUUUUUUUUCCCCGCAUUUUUCCGCAUUUUUUCACUUUGGGAACUUUGGUUAUUUUGUGGUCAUUUGCAUCCUGCUAUGUAUAGUAGCGCGCUGGUAUUUGUUUUUAUAGUUUACUGACCUCCCUUCUAGAAAUUUGUACGAACCAGCGACUCGCCUGCACCAUUUUCUCAGAUGCACCACAGAGUUUAGCUCUAGCAAUUACAUUAUUAACUACUUUUGAACUAUUAAUAGUUAUUUAUACUGAAAGUCCAAAAUAUUGCGCCCACACGGAGGCUUGUUGAAAGAAUAGACUCCAGUGGUCUGGCUUAAAUUCGGAGUCAGAUAACAUCCAUGGAUUUGAACCCAAUACCCCCCGUUUGGCUUCACUACUAACGGAGAUGCUGGUUGAUACCGGUGUAUAUGAAAGCUCUUAUCACUGCAAUCAGUUAUUACACAUCGAACAUGGUCAAUUUCUCCUUAUCCGCUCACCUGUUUCCCCUAUGAUAUAUUUGUUCAAGCCAAAUAAGGUUGGAUAUCCAUGUUAGCGCCUAACCUGUUCUGAGGUCUAUGGGACUUGGGGGGUGAGCCUAGAGAAUAAAUACAUGGAGAGUUGGAUGCUGUUAUUCUAAAACACCCCGACGGUCAAUCGCCCCUCGUUAUCGUCUCUUCCAACGUUAUUUUCCCGAUGAAUAUAACUUGGUCGAGCAAUCCAGCUAGAUCCUUGACGCAUUUCCCCUUGAGGUUGAACAACGGCAUUCCUGCGAUAUAAUCUCUGGCACCAGUGUGCCUAUACCGUUCUCAACUCGCUCAUCAUUUGCCAACCAACUGGCGCUGAAGAAUUCAAUUCUUCUUCGUCCCCUCGUCUGGCUGGCUCCUCGUAUCUGUCGCCGUGCGCUCUCUACUCUAGAAGUGAUGGGGUUUGACCCCAAAACGAUGAUCGAACAUGGAAUACACUGGGCCGAACAUCAGGACCCUAUAUAGGCAUGUCAAUCACGCUCAUAUCAUGAGUUUCUUUGGAGAAUGUUUCUUCCGUGUGCUGGAGAGCUAUGGAGUUCCUGAGUAAGGAAGAGCUGGAUGGUAUAUUCCUCUUGUACGCGCAUGUAUGAAUUGGACAUUCGGAGACAGGUUAUCUACCCUGACAUGGUUGGUACAUACAUGUAAC